UGUCAUCUGCCGGAGCCUAGCAAGUAGCAGCUAUGGAAUAAAAAGAAAAUCACCACUUCAAAACUUGCAUCUUGUUUCCCGGAGUAUACAUCAUCCUUACUACCUGAGUUCAAAAUUUCAAAGACCUCCACUAAGGACAUCCAUUCAGCUAUUCUCUUCUCUUAAUCAUCUUCCCCUACGUAAAACAAAACUUUUAGGUGUAAAAUAUGGAUACCAGUCCCGCAGGAACUUUUGGCUAGCUAGGCUAGCAUCAAGGCUUCUCAAACUUCGCUAUCUUAUAUUAGGAUCUGCUGUAGGUGGUGGUUAUACAGCUAAGAAGACAUAUGAUCAGUGGAAGGACAUGAUGCCAGAUCUCGAUGAAUAUAAGUGGAUUGUUCCUGACUUCAUUUGGGAGCUUGAUGAGCAUAUUGACUUCGAAAAACUUAUCAAAGCCCUUCCUGAUGCAGAUGAACUUGCCAAACUUCUGCCUGACUUUGACAAGAUUGGAGAGAGCUUCACUUCGCUGAAAGGAUUUUUUUCUCCUGGUUACAAUUUGGUUAGUGAAGUCAUAGGAGCUUCUGAUCUACUUCUGUUGUUAGGUUCUCCAGGUGAAACAGCAUUCAGAGCUACUGACCAGGGAUAUGACAAUGACAAACAGUACAAGAAGGUUUCUGACAAAGAGAAGAUUGAUCAACUUCAAGAAGAACUUCUGCACACUCAGCUCAAAUACCAAAGAAUGCUUGAGCGAUUAGAGAAAGAGAACAAAGAACUAAGAAAAUUGGUACUGCAAAGAGAUGACAAAGGAAUUCAUCAGAGGAAGUUAAAGAAAUCCUUGAUUGAUAUGUAUUCUGAAGUACUUGAUAUCCUGUCGGAUUAUGAUGCCAGUUAUAACACUCAAGAUCACCUACCUCGAGUUGUGGUGGUUGGAGAUCAAAGCGCAGGAAAAACGAGUGUGCUAGAAAUGAUCGCCCAAGCCCGCAUAUUCCCUCGAGGGUCUGGGGAGAUGAUGACACGUUCCCCUGUUAAGGUAACCCUUAGUGAAGGUCCCCACCAUGUGGCUUUAUUCAAGGACAGCUCUCGGGAGUUUGAUCUGACCAAGGAAGAGGAUCUUGCAGCUUUGAGAAAUGAAAUAGAAAUCAGAAUGAGAAAUAGUGUGAAGGAAGGGUGCACUGUUAGCACUGAGACCAUCUCCUUAAGUGUGAAAGGUCCUGGUUUGCAGAGAAUGGUAUUGGUUGAUUUACCUGGAGUCAUUAGUACUGUGACAUCAGGUAUGGCUCCAGAUACAAAGGAAACUAUCUUUAGCAUCAGCAAGGCCUACAUGCAGAAUCCUAAUGCCAUCAUCCUUUGUAUUCAAGAUGGAUCAGUGGAUGCAGAACGCAGUAUUGUCACAGACUUAGUCAGCCAGAUGGAUCCCCAAGGAAAAAGGACAAUUUUUGUGUUGACUAAAGUGGAUCUUGCUGAGAAGAAUGUGGCUAGCCCAAGCAGGAUCCAGCAAAUAAUUGAAGGCAAACUCUUCCCAAUGAAGGCUUUGGGUUAUUUUGCAGUUGUUACUGGAAAAGGAAACAGCAGUGAAAGCAUUGAAUCUAUUAAAGAAUACGAAGAGGAAUUUUUUCAAAAUUCAAAGCUCUUAAAGACAAGUAUGCUGAAGGCACACCAGGUAACAACAAAGAACUUAAGUCUUGCUGUGUCAGAUUGCUUCUGGAAAAUGGUGAGAGAGUCUGUGGAGCAGCAAGCAGAUGCUUUUAAAGCCACACGUUUCAAUCUUGAGACUGAAUGGAAGAACAAUUACCCCCGGUUGCGAGAGCUUGACAGGAAUGAACUGUUUGAAAAAGCGAAGAAUGAGAUUCUUGAUGAAGUCAUAAGUUUGACUCAGGUCACACCAAAGCACUGGGAGGAGAUUCUUCAGAAAACUUUAUGGGAGAGGGUAUCUACUCAUGUGAUUGAGAAUAUCUACCUUCCAGCAGCACAGACUACGAACUCAGGGACUUUUAACACUACUGUGGAUAUCAAACUGAAGCAGUGGACUGACAAGCAGCUGCCUAAUAAAGCAGUAGAGGUGGCGUGGGAGACUUUGCAAGAAGAAUUUUCCCGUUUCAUGACAGAACAAAAAGGAAAGGAGCAUGAUGAUAUCUUCGAUAAACUGAAACAAGCUGUCAAGGAAGAAAGUAUUAAACGACAUAAGUGGAAUGAGAGAGCAGAGGAUAGCCUGCGAGUGAUCCAGCACAAUGCCUUAGAAGAUCGGUCAAUAUCUGAUAAACAGCAGUGGGAUGCAGCUAUUCAUUUUAUGGAAGAGACGCUCCAAAGUCGUCUCAAAGACACUGAGUCUGUUAUUGAAGAUAUGGUGGGUCCAGAUUGGAAAAAAAGGUGGUUAUACUGGAUAGGCCGCACCAAAGAACAGAAUAUUCGUAAUGAAACGAAAAAUGAACUUGAGAAAUUAAUCAAAUGCAAUGAAGAACAUGCAGCUUAUCUGGCAAACGAUGAAGUGACGACUGUCAGAAAGAAUCUUGAAGCAAGAGGAAUAACAGUGGACCCAUGUCUGAUUAAAGACACGUGGCACCAAAUUUAUAGAAGAUAUUUCCUGAAGACUGCUUUGAACCACUGCAAUCUAUGUCGAAGAGGCUUCUAUUAUUAUCAGAGGCAUUUUGUGGACUCAGAGCUCGAAUGUAACGAUGUUGUCCUUUUCUGGCGAAUACAGCGAAUGCUGGCGAUUACAGCAAAUACGCUGAGGCAGCAGCUGACUAACACUGAAGUAAGGCGCUUGGAAAAGAAUGUAAAGGAAGUGCUUGAAGAUUUUGCGGAGGACAAUGAAAAAAAAGUGAAGCUCCUGACUGGGAAGAGGGUCCAGCUUGCAGAGGAUCUCAGUGAGUACCGUCUAUCGUUUUUUGGAACUGCCUUGAAAUGA